AUGGAACGUAUUUUUUAUGAAGCAGAUACAAAAGAUGCGUAUACUAACCUUCCUAUAUAUGUAUUUGAUACAUCUUUCUUACCAUCCCCUGAUUUGAUCAAUUAUGAUGAAUUCAUCCCUACUUUAAUGAAUGUAUUACCCAAACAUCCAUACGUUUUGGUUAUGCUUAGUUGUGGACUCAACAAGAUUAGUUGGAUAUGGGGUAUCAAAUUUUUGAAGACUUUUCUUUCAUCUGAUAAUAAAAUUAAUAAUUUGGAUAACUUAAAUAAAAUUAUAACAGUUCAUGAUAGUUGGUUUGUUAAAUCAAUUACUCAAAUUUUGACUAAUUAUAAUUUUACUAAAAAAAAUUUAUCUAGUCUUAAUAAAGCUUUUGAAAGUUUUAAUAAUUUCAAUUUAAGUGAUUCAUUUAAUCAAGUCAGUAAUAAUUCUUCGGUUUUAUUAUCUUUACCUCCAAAUUUAGUUAUUAAUUGCAGCACUUUAUCUCAAUUAACAUUUUAUAUUGAUAUUAGAAGAUUGAAAUUAUCUUUAAACAUUUAUAAACAUAAUUUAUUAUUAGAACCAAACAUUACUUUUACUUUCCCAAUUAAUUAUAUCAUUAAUGAUACUACUAAAAUUAAUCAACAUUUAAAUCCAAUUUUCUUCCAUCACUUUUAUCAAGUUUUUAACAUUAUAAAUUUAUUUGGUGAUAAAGUUGAAUUAAUAUUCCAUAAACCUGGUAAUAAAGCUAAUACUGAUAUCUUAUAUCAAUGUAUCAAAAGAAAUCAAUUGAUUUGGAUAAAUGAUUGGGAUUUAUAUUGUAUUGCAACAACUUUCAAGAAAUUAUUAAUGGAUCUUCCUCAACCCCUAAUUUCAGCAUCAAUCGUAAGUUUACCAAUUAAGAAUAAUUUUGAAAAUACAUUAAGUUCCUUCAACAAACUAAUGUCUCAUUAUAAUAAAUUUGAAGAUAAUAAUUACGGUAUGGUUCUAUAUCAAUUAUUACAAUUAUGUUCUAGGAUUAUUUCAAAUCCAUCGUUGACAAAACAUACUUCAUUAUCAAUGUCAAAAUGUUUAAGUUAUUGCAUUAGUCAAGAGUUAAUCUCCCUGCAAAAUAAAGAUCGGGUCUUAAUUAUAACGAGGAUUUUCAAAAAUUAUUUAGAUUUUUGGCCCCAAAUUCAACCAUUAUAUCAAGAGAAGUUUCCAUCAAUUGAUCAAAUUAUAAAAGGUGAGGAAUUAGAUCAAAAUAAAUUGGAUGACUCGUACGAUUUAUCUUAUGACAUUACGAUGGAAGAAGAGGAAGAAGAAGAGGAAGGAAGUCAAAGUGAAGAAGAAGUAAAUAAAACUUUCACUCCAACCACAGUUUUAGGUAAUAAUAAUAAUUUGAUCAAUCAACUACAAAAACAGCAAAAAAACCAAAAUAUUACUCCUCUGUCAAGCCCAAAUAAAACGACUCCACCGACACCAAGAUCAAAUUCUCCGGUUACGUCCAAGCAAAAUGAUCGUCCAACACAACAUGAAAAGAAACCAUCACUCGGUAAUUCAACGUUUCAAUUCCCAGCACAAAAAUCAAAACUAAAUCCAGUUAAAAAACCAUCAGUGACUUCGCUAAAUUCAGCUCAUUCAUCUUCUUUAUCAAGUGUUAACUCAUCUUCUGCAUCAGUAAGUACGACUUCUUCUUCAGUAUCAACUUCAAGUCAAAAAAAUGCUAAUGGCUCCAACAUGGGUAAUAAUCAUCUUCGAACCAAAUCAAGUUUCACGUUUAAUCAAGGCCAAAUAUCCCAUUCUUCCACCCCAAGUUUAAGUGUUAAAAAACCUGUCAUCAGGGGUAGGAAAGUUGGAGAAUUAGCUAAAUUGUAUGAAGAAAGAUGUCAAGGGAUUGAAUUAUUAAGAAGUAUGUAA